CCGCACUUCCCGGCGCCCCCCUCUCUGGGCCCCGCCCCCGCGCCCGUGGCUCCGCUCUUCCUGACCAAGCUUCCGUCACGUCCAGGCCCCGCCCACUGUGGCCCCGCCCCCGCCCCGGCUCCGCCCCCCGCGCCCCGGACGUGCCUGGGCAGCCGGUGGUUCUCCAGCACUUGGCCACCCUGUGCUCGCAGCUGCUCGUGGUCGGCGCCCUGGUGACGCGAGGACACUUAGAAGCCAGGGACUCAAACCACCAACACGGCUCUAUUCCAGCUCCCUGCUUGGGGUCUCAAGGCCCUUUUCAGUUUAUAGUAUAGUCUCUUUGAUAGAAAAUCAUGGAAGCAAGACAGUAUUUUCUGAAUUCUCUUUUCCUGUGGUCAUCUGUUACCCUUAUUAUCAGGGUUACGUCGCGGACAGUUCAUCGGAGGUGCCUGCGGACAGAGCUGUGAUCAGCAGCCCGGCCCACAGGUGCGUGGGAGAAUGGACAAGACCUGUGAAAUGAACUACAAGGUGGUGGACAGCCCGCUGGGGGAGAUUGAGAUCUCUGCCUGUGAGCAGGGUGUGCAUGAGAUCAGGCUGCACGGCAGGAAGACCCCCGAUGCCAGAGCCAUGGAGGCCCCCCCUCUUCCUGAGCUGCUCGGCCGUCCAGGGGAAAUGACAGCACCCCUGAAGCAGUGCGUGGCCUGGCUGGAUGCCUAUUUCCAUGAGCCGGCGGCCCUCAAAGACCUCCCCUUGCCUGCGAUUCACCAUCCCGUUUUCCAGCGAGAUUCGUUCACCAGACAGGUGUUGUGGAAGCUGCUGAAGGUUGUCAGACUCGGAGAAACGGUUUCUUACCGGCAAUUAGCAGCCCUGGCAGGCAGGCCCCGAGCAGCGCGGGCAGUGGGCGGAGCGAUGAGGACCAAUCCUCUUCCCAUCCUCAUCCCGUGCCACAGAGUGGUCUGCAGCAGUGGAGCCGUGGGCAACUACUCCGCAGGCCGGGCCACGAAGGAGUGGCUUCUCGCCCACGAGGGCCGCCUGGCAGAGAAGCCGAGCUGUCCGGGAGGCUCCCGUGGGGGUGGCAUCCCCCGCCCCCAGCCUGCUGGCGGAACGGAGAACUUGUGGGAGUAAAUACUUGAGUGACACAUAAAGGUUCUAGCACAUUGGAGGUGGUCUGUGCGGUAUUAAAAGAACUGAACGUGUCCUGGGGGACAGAGCGUGUGUGCCUUUUCUUGUUUCCACAUUUUACGGCAGAGUGAGUUCAGAGGACUGGCCGCUGUUCAUCGUUUGUUUCUCUCUCACACCGUCGUCGUUCCAUUUCUAAUGUCUGUUAACACAGGGAUAAGAAAGUGGGGGGCCCGGCAAGCCUGAGAGCCACCGUCCGGGCAGGUGGGAGCAUCCGGCACCCGCCAGGGCCCUGGCCCCCCUGACGCAGGCCUGUCCCCCUGAGAAGCUGGCCUCCCCGGCUCCCCUCUCUGCUUAGCCAUUGAGGCUGCCGGGACGGUGUCUCCCGCUCAGGCCUUCCUGAGGGAGGCCCGGCCGCGGAAACCAGUGCUCAUGGAGGUUUUCUAGCGAUGUUCUUCUCACCGCCAGAAAACCAGUGCAGGAUGCACACACUUUGGGUUGUAUCGGUUGCAUGGAAACGAACCACUUACCAAAGUGAUUUGGGAAAAGGAGUAGCUCCUUGAGAUGAGUUUGGUCGAAAUGGCUCCUUCCCGAGGGCGGAGGGUGGAGGGUCUUCCUCGGGCCCUAGCCCCUCUCCUGCCGCUGCUGACCUUUGUGCGCUCCAAAUGGAAGGUGACGAUAGAGCCUAAGAGUCAGAGGUCACACAAGAAGGGGGGAUCUGCUCCUGUCGCUGGCAGCAGAGAAGAGUGUUUCCAACCAAGUGCCACCGUCCGAUGCUUCAUUAUCGCGUUGUCGUUGUCUCUUUAUAAUUAACCUGAGAAACACCAGGGAAACUUGCAGCUAUGCAUGUGGAUAAAUAAGAAUAGAGCGUGUGAUGUAUGGAGAAAAUAAACUCCACCCCACUGUGCAGGAGAGAGCUGUAUUUUUGUCAGGGGUUCCUGUGACAACUCAAACCCCAGCAGGGAAGCUCAGGUGCUUUGUAUGUGUCACCGAGAGCCCGGGUGAAUAUACAGCCUGUAAUGCGCAUGGUUUGGGCGUAUUUUAAAUUCCAUGUUACCUUAACACCGGUAAAGGAACGGUGCCUGAUGUAAACAGACUUUAGGCUUUUCUCACCAAUUUGCAAUUUGUUAUAUCCUAUUAUUAUGUCAACCAAAUUCUGGGUCUUUCCCCUCAAAAAUAAAGUGGUAGGACCAUUA